UCUAUUGUACCCCCUCUGGGGAAAUUGUACGGUGGCGCGAGGCAAACCAACUCGUUCGAUUCUGUAGAAGGUGCAAUGGAUAAUGCGACUCCAGCGACAACGAACAACACCAGAAUGGAAAAACGGAUCGCUUUAGAGUGUGGCAAAAGAAAGCCAGAUGAGAUUGUCGAGCUAAUCUUGGAUAAUUGUUAUUCUACCAACGUCGUUGGGCUAACAGAUGAAUUUGUCAACUUGGAGAGGCUGUCUUUGAUCAAAGUUGGGCUAACAAAUUUGAAAAAUUUUCCCAAUUUACCAAAUCUUACUCGGCUGGAACUCGGCGAAAACAGGAUAAUGUCAGGCCUCCAGUCUCUUCAGGGAUCUCCGAAAUUAGCACAUUUGAGUCUUAGCAAUAACAGGAUAAAAGAUCUCGAAACUUUAGAACCGUUGUCAAAACUACAAAAUUUAAAAAGUUUGGAUUUACUUAACUGCGAAGUAACAACGAUAGAAGACUACAGAGCUGAAAUAUUUAAUAUGAUACCAUCCCUGAAAUAUCUCGACGGCUAUGACAGAUUCGGUAAUGAAGCAGAGGACACAGAUUCCUCCGGAGAAGAGGAUGGCGAAGAAGAUGAUGAAGGAGAGGAGGAUGAUGAUGGGGAUGAAGAUGAUGAAGAUGAGGAUGGUGAAGGAGAGGAAGAUGAUGAAGAUGAUGUAGAUGAUGAAGAGGGCUCUAGUGGUGAUGAUGAUGAAGAAGGUGUGGAAGGGGAAGAGGGUGAUGAAGAUGAAGAUGAUGAUGAAGAAGAAGAUGAAGGAGAAGAUGAGGAGGAACCAGGUCUUGAUUACUUACAAAAAGAGAACUUAGAGGAUGAAGAAGAAGGUGAAGACUUCAACCCAGAAGAAGAAGAUGAAGAAGAGGAAGAAGAGGAUGAGGAUGAUGAAGAAACAGAGGAAGCUGAAAGGAGAGGAGAAAAAAGAAAGCGAGAAGAUGAUGACGAUGACGAGGAUGACUGACGCAAAAUAUCUUAGCAGUAUGGAGCAGCCCACUCAAUAGAGAAAGAGCUCUUUAUGUAUAGACUUGCCAGCAAUGUUGCUGAGGCCCUUAUUUUAAAGGGCUGGAAGUGUUCUCUUGCAAGGCCUCUAACAGAACUAUUCCAUAACUUGCAAGUGGUGUUUUUCAUUCCACGAGUUCUGACUGGUUCAUUUCCUGUUUUGUAAUCCAUAGUUCUAAAACUUGUCAGAAUGGUAGUGAGAUUUUUCCUUUGUUGGACUUGGUCUGAUUUGAAUUUGUAUUCACUCCAAGAGUCAAUGAACACUUCUUGUUUACUGGAUAGAGAUCAACAUUUAACAUCCUUGUUUGUAAAUAUGUGUCAGUAUGGCAUAUCAUGGAUAGCUUUGUGCGAUGACUGCACAACUAGUUGGUGCACUUGUUACUUUCCAUAGUAUAUGGUACAAGCAAAAAACCUUUUGUUUUAUGAUGUGUUCAUAGUUAACCACAGUGAGUCGCUGGCCUGUAGAUAGGAAAGAGCAGUUAUUGUUAACUUUCACUACUGAUGACAUACAUUUUUGAGAGGAAACAUUUUAAACUUGCUUGCAUCAAUAGUUUUGAAAAAAAUUCUUUCUUAUACUAUCAUCUAUUGUCUAGGCUUUAUCAAUUAUCAUUAAGUACAGGUAACCAAAGCAUUGGUGCUUCCUUUUGGAUUAUUCACACAAGUUCAUCUGUAGAGGCAGUAGUUGUACCCAUUCAAACCCGCACCAUCAGUAAAUCCACUUCUGUACAAAGCACUUUGAAAGUUAUCUGGUUCUGUCAUAUAUGUGAACAUUAGCAAAUAAAUCUUUGAAUGAUGUUGAUAAGAAA